AUGCCAAGCCAGCGGAGACAUCUUCGUCCGGACUACGGGGACGUUGAAUACGUUUCAACUGGUGGUGAAGUCCGAGAAAUAAAGACAUACUCAUACCUUAACAACUUGUUGGCUAUCGAAAAAGAAAAUUUUGAUGAAACGCCUAGCCGAAACUGCAAGUGGGCAGGUUGUCCGGAUUAUCGACCUUUAAAUUGCAACAGCUUUCACGAGCUUGGGCUCAACAACGAGAACUUAUCUCACCGGUCGAACUUGCUAGGUGAAGGUGCGUAUCGAGCGGCAUACAGCUUAAACCUGCACAUUGGCAACUUGACAGAAACAGUUGUCUUCAAGGAAUUCAGUGAGGAUCUCAGCGACAAGUAUCUUGAAUAUGUUCGGAUGGAAGCAUACGUCAUGAGCCGUUUGGCGUCUAGUCAAUACAUAGUCGAUAUGUACGCUUUCUGCCACCUUUCAGUGCUCGUGGAAAAUUUCCCGCGAGGUGACAUGAAAGAAAAAGCCGCUCCCUUUCUGAAGCGAAAGAACGUCACUCUAUAUGACACAGUCGAUGUCAAUCCACUAAAUAAGUUUACUUUGACUCAAAAAGUAAAGUAUGCUCUGGACAUGGCAAGAGGUAUAGAAGCUAUGCACUCGAUUGACCUAAUCCACGACGAUUUGAAGCUUGCACAGUUUCUUUUGGGGAAUAACGAUCAUAUCAAGCUCAAUGAUUUUAGUAGAACUAAAGAACGAGUGUGGGAUCCGCUUUUGAAGCGCUUCAAAGUGUACCGGAACAGUGGCAGACAUGGCGAUUGUCGGUCGCCUGAAGAGUACGCCGAAAAAGAGCUGACGGAAAAGAUUGAUAUCUUCUCGCUUGGAUCAAUAAUGUUUAGUUUAUUAACUGGUCUCAUUCCGUUUGACGAGAUAACCGACGAGGAAGAGAUGAUGGAUAAAUUCAUGGCAGGCAAACUACCUUUCAUUGAUCCGCGGUAUAAAAAGCGUGAUUCAAUUGAACGGAAGUUUGUCGAAGUCAUGGAGGAUUGUUGGAAGUUUAAACCAGAGGACCGGCCUACAGCCGUCGAAGUUGCUCGACGACUAGAAGAACUGGUCAUGGAAGAAUCUAUAUAG